AUGGUUGUCUACUACCAGAUUGCCGGCAAGAAGGUCGGCUCCCACGUCCUUUCCAUUGCCACCCUCAGCACAAUUUUCGUUGGUGCCUGGGCUGCUACCGGCAGCUCCAAGCCCAAGACCGCCGCUGGUCCCCCGAUCGCCGCCUCGUCCAGCGAGGAGGGUGACUUCAUCCAAAACUUCUUGAAGGAGGCUGAUGGAGGCGACAAGAAGGCUGCUUCCGGCCAUUAA